AUGAAUCUAUUUGGGAUUGAACCAUAUGAGGCGAGGGUCUUCUUGGUCAUUAAUAUAGGGACUGUCAUUCUGAUGCGUGUGGUGACAUACUUCUUAUUUUAUGACUAUGUAUUUCAGGUCAAUAUGGAUCUAUACGGGAUUGAACUAUCUGAGGUGAGGGUCUGCCUAGCUAUCUUCAUAGGGACUGCAAUUUUAAUGCGUGUGGUGACAUAUUUCCUUUGGGCAAGGACCCUACCCCCUGGACCCAUGGGCCUACCAAUCAUCGGGAACCUACACCAGCUUGGAAAACAUCCACACAAAACUAUGACAGCUUUUGCAAGAAAAUAUGGAGAUAUUUAUAUGAUUCAUUUUGGAAGUCGUCCAACUAUUGUAUUGAGUGGUUAUGAAACUGUGUUUGAAGCUUUGCUCAAAUGUGGCGAUGAUUUUGCAGGACGUCCUGAUUUUCAAUCAUUUCAAUACAUCAACAAAGGAAAAGGUGUUGCUUUUUCACCCCACUUUGAUGCAAGAUGGAAACUAUUGAGAAAGAUUAUGGUUAACGCAGCUAGACUUUUGGUCAAUGAUAAGAAGCGUCCAAUAGAUGCCAACAUCCUAGAUGAAUGUGACACUCUUAUCAAAGAACUACUAUCUACCAAUGGACAACCAAUUGAUCCUAGGAUUCCCAUAAAGAUGUGUGUAGGAAGUAUUAUCUUUACACUUGUUUUUGGUGAAUCUAUAGCAAGUAAAGAAGAUCAAGAUUUCAAAGGCAUAAUCGAAAGGAAUAGAAAGUUUAAUGCUUUACAAGCAAGUGGUGGCAAUAUAGCUGACCUCAUGCCGUGGACAAAGAUUUUCACCAAAAGAAAAUUACAUGAGUUUAUUCAGAUUAUGGAUGCGAAUAUGAAACUUCAUACACGGAAGCACAAGGAACAUGUCUCAACAUACAAUCAAGAUGAUCUAAGAGAUAUCACUGAUGCACUUAUUAAAGCAAGUCGUGAUGUAAGAGGAACAGAAAAUAUGGAAUAUUUAGAUGAGCAGUUCAUUCUCUGUCUGACAAUAGAGUUAAUUGGAGCAGUGUCUUCAUUCAUGCAUUGGGCUGUCCUCUACAUGGCUUUUUAUACAAAGAUACAGAGUAAAGUACAUGCAGAGAUUUCAGCUGUCAUUGGUGGGACAAAACGAAUAUGAAAUAUACAGAAGCUUGUAUUUUGGAAAUCAAUCGCAAAUCCUCUUUAACUCCCAUGGCACUGCCUCAUGCUAAUACAUGGGAGACAACACUGAAUGGUUACACAAUUCCUGCCAAGACUCUCACCUUCAUCAACCUAUGGGCCCUUCACCAUGAUGAGGCCACAUGGGGUGACCCUGAAAACUUCCGACCGGAGAGAUUUCUUGAUCAAGAUGGUGAAAUCAUUCAAGAUCUUGCUGAAAAAGUUGUUGCAUUUGGUCUUGGACGACGUCGAUGCUUGGGAGAGUUGAUAGCAAAAAUUCAAAUAUUUUUGCUUCUUACUCGUAUACUGCAGAGGUGUGAACUCACUAUUCCCGAUGGUGCGACUCCUAAUAUGGAAGGAGUAUAUUCACUUAGUCUUGAUACUGUUCCAUAUGAAGUAAUCUGUACACCAAGGGAUUUGUAAUGUGUAUGAAAAUGGGUGUACGGAAAAGACCAACCCCACUGACCACCAACUGGUCAGUGUUCUCCACAGGUAGCCUCAAAGCAGGGUUUGGGGAAAAUGUGUAAAAGAGCGACCAUAUCGUGUGUAAAAUACCAUAUUUUAGCCAUAUUUGUAACUUUAAUUAAGUUGAAAUGGUUAAAACGAAAGGCAAGCAAACACAAUAGGUUCCUAACCUGCCAGCCUCCUUUCUAUAGAAAUCAGAAGAAGUGAGUCAUGUGUGAACUUAUGACCUUAUAUGUAAGGCUUGGG